AUGGCGACCAAACUGGCCUUCACAAGGCCUCACCUGCUCUCUAACGAGCUUGCCCUGCUGGACUAUUCGGCAGAUGAUGUCCGCGAUAUCGUGACCUUGUCCGAUAAGGAGGCGCUGGUGCUGCAGCUGGCUAGUCAAGUCCAGGAACAACAGUUGGAGAAAGCAUUGCUGGAGCAAGAAGCUGAAUCAUUGUCGGGCGAUAAUGUCGAAGAAGAGCUCGCGAUCGCGGAACGCGAGUUCCUCGAGGCGCGCGCUUCCUACACCGUGAGGAGGAAAGCCGCACGAACAAUUCUCAUGACAGAUCCCAUUCUCAAGGCAGUUCACUUAAAAGCCACUACACCUCCUGAACGAGCUCUACUCCGUCUCGUCAACCGACGCGACGUGCUCGCCCUCGCGCAGGAGAAUUUAGCAUCGGCCCAUGAACUAGUGCUAAAACAGCUAUCUGACGCCGAGGUCGAGAAUCUCAAAAUCAAUCAGGAGAACCAGGAGCUAGUGCGCGAGCUCCUCGAGCUCACCAAGCAGGAUUCCUCCUGGCGCGAGCGGCUCCAGGACGCAGAUCUCUCGUCGCAGCUGGAUCAGCUCGAGGCCGAGCUGAAGACGAGCAAGGCGAAAUGGGAAACCAUGAAGAACAUUGCCAGCGCGAUAGUGGUCGGCAGUGGACUUGACUGGGCUGAUGAUGAUACUCUCCGUGCGUUAGUGCUGGAUGAAAGUGAUGACUGA